AGACCUAACCAGCGGAAGAUGAAGAACCAUCGCAAUUUUCUCCAUCGACGUGAGAAUAUGAGGUAGAUGGAGAGUUGUCGUGAUGAUAUCUCUAUUUUUCUCCAUACCGCUCACUUUAGUCUCUGUCAUUGGUCUCCUUCUCAACGGAUACAUCCUCACAGUAGUAUUACUCACUAGACAGGUUAGAACCGCGAACAACAUCCUUCUGUUUCACUUAGGAUCAGUAGACAUCCUACUGGGCAUCCUGGCUCUAAUUUUCUCCAUCCCAGGCUUCAAAGGCGCCGAAUGGUCAACAGCCGGAGCGCCCUGUAUCAUCCAUGGCUUCCUGUUCACUCUCCUACAUCCUCUAGCUCUGUGGACCAUCUGUGGGCUGAACUGCGACCGGUAUUACGUCAUAGCUGCUCCCUUGCAUUACAGCCAUAUCGUCAGUCCUAAGAAGGUUGUUGUGGGACUAGGCGCGGGCUGGGUGAUCUCGUUCUUGCUGUGCAUUCCACCACUGUUUACCGUGGCUCCUUAUACGUACAACCCAGGAAUCGGAGCUUGUGGACCGAGUUUCUCCACGGGCGCAGGAACCCUGUGGUAUACCACUCUUUACACUGCCUUUACCCUCCUUCUUCCAGCCACUGUCAUCAUCUGCUGCAAUUUUAAGAUCCUCAUGAUAGCUCGGUACCAUCGGCACAGGAUAGCAUCUGCGAUCUACGAAGUGACGCUGUCAGCACAGGUGACCAUCACCCACCAACGAAACCCAUUCUUCGUACCGACUGUGACGGCGCCCAGUUCUGGGGGACCCAAAUUCAAGAGUCGCAGCGCCAUCUAUACUGUGUUCCAGCUCGUUGCUUCUUUCCUUAUACUCUACGUACCUUAUUAUACUACCAUUAUGUGGGAUGCGACGUUAGGCGCUCUCAACAACAGAAAAGAUCAGGUAACGCUGUACGCCAUCGCCUCAAGUCUUCUAGUGUCAUCAGUACCUGUAAAUGCCUUUCUGUACGGUGUCAGAAGCAAAAUCCUCAAAAAGACAUUAAAGAAUUAUUGGCGGAAAAAACAGACGAAAAGCGAGGUGAACCAGGAAAUUCAGGCCAGGACACCUUCGACUUGUGGAAGUAGAAGACCGUCGUUAACACCAUUGGGGUUUUUAACCAAGCCUUCCAUCCAGAGAAGGUUAUCCGAAACGUUAAUAGAUGUGAACAGAGCCCUGAAGAGCCCUAGCAAAGGAAACAAAAUAAAAAGAAUAGCAUCCGAGGCUACGUGGAGACCGCCUUCUUCGAGCAGUUUGAACAUGUCGCCUAAAGAAGAAUAUGACAGACGUCUCGUCCAAACUACUAGCUGCAACACACUGCAGGUGCCAAGCAAUGAGACUGAAGUUUCGACAGUCACCGAAGAAGAAAUCUACAUAAAACUGAAAGAGAAGAGCAGUCCCACCAAGUACUAUUCUGCGAACGCGAUCAUUCAAAAAUUCCUAGGGUUGGAGCACCAAGAUAAAGGAGUUAAAAAAGCAACGACAGUAUUGAGAAACGUCUCGGAGGCAGUGUCACCGAAGAUACUCAUAACUAGGGCAAUGUCAGAGGAGAGCGAUAGAACGUCGCCGAUAAAGAAGAAUCUGCUCAGGCAAAAUCAAAGUUUGAUGGAGAAGUGGAAACAGUUGCAGCCUAAAGACACUGAAGUACCAGGUCAAGACAACACAACGAACAUAUCGACCAGCAACCGUUCAAGCGACUCCUCGGACCUUUCGGAAGGCUCCAGCAGCAGGCAGUACCGGAGGAACUCGGCGGACGUUGAGAGCGAAGUUUCCGAGGACCAACUCCUGUUGUGGGACUCCCAGAAGAAAUACUCGAGAAACGAGGAUGUCCGAAAAUCGAAGUCGCUGCUGCUCAGACAGACGAUUGUCGUACAUUCUCCCGAAAUAGUACUGUAGGUCGUACCCUUUAGAUGCUUAUUUCGAUGUGAUGCGCUAUGUGAUAUGCACAAAUUGAAUGAUAGAUAUGUGUCGGGUCGGAUAUCAAGGUAAUGAGGAAUGGUACAUCAUACAAAGCAAUUUCAUUAGACGUUACAAAAGUUCAAGCAGUCAUUCACUCAACAGUUUGUUUUGAUUUUCAAAAUGCCGCUGAUUUCAAAAUUACAUGGGGCGAUAAACAUCCCAGUGGACAUGGUGACGAUAUAAGGUAUUCAUUUUUAGGUCACUACUGACGUACGCCGACCAACAAAACUGACGUGUAAAUGACGUCAUGAUGACGGACUAGCGUCACACCCAAUCAAUUGAUGUCAGUAUAUGACGUCAUACGAGUAGUAUGUCUUAUAAAAUACCAAAUUCAAAGUCGAUAUCACGUGUAUCUGAGGUCGAUAUGACGUCGAUGUGGGGCCGAUCAAGUAUUAC